AUGGCUGUCAACAGUGUAAAAAUGCGCGCAAAAAGCACUAGUGUGACGAGCAGCAACCAGAGUGCGGACGGUGCCAAUCCAAAAACCACCGAUGCCGAUAUCGCCAUCUGCUCUCUUCAUAUAACGCAUUUCAGGCAUGCGACAAAAGCAAAAACCAAGGCCAUCCCCUGCUCUCCGAAUGACGCCGAGUUCGGGUCAUUAUCAAAGCCAAGAUUGUUUCCAUCACCCUUGAUGGAUUGUGCUCCUAUCCUAGGCGGCCACAAUGAGUGUCUUCAUCUCACUCAUCAUUACUUCACAGUGAUCUCGCCAAGCGCUACCAGCGCUCAACCUCAUCUGGAGAAUUUCCACGGAUGGGCUUCGGCAGUUCAGCACCAUUGGCCCAUGUUCGAGUUUGUCCAAUAUGGUAUCUGCGCAUUAUCAUCGCUGCACCUUGCAUGCCAUGUUCUUGAUUCGUGGCGUUAG